GAGAUGUCAUCUUCACAUUAUUCCGUAUGUUAGUUUCGUUCAAAUUUUCGCAAAAACUAGACAUGUCAGUUAAAGUAGCUGUAGUGACAGGCUCUAACAAGGGCAUCGGAUUUAGUAUCGUUAAAGGGUUGUGCAAACGAUUUGAUGGGGUCGUGUACUUGACAUCGCGGGACGAUGCUCGCGGCAAAGCUGCAGUCGCACAGCUCAAUGCCUCGGGACUGUCUCCGCAGUAUCACCAGCUGGAUGUCGUCGACCGCGAGAGUGUUCUUAGAUUCAGAGACCACGUAAAGAAAAAAUAUGGAGGAAUAGACAUUCUAGUGAAUAACGCUGCCAUCGCCAAUAGCGCAGAAUUUUAUAAUUCAUACGAAGAAAAUAAAAAUAUCGUGGAAAUAAAUUAUAAGAGCAUUUUAACUAUUCAAGAAUUAAUUUAUCCCUUGGUAAGAAAGAAUGGACGGAUCUUAAACAUUUCUAGUGAUUGUGGCCAUCUAUCCAACAUAAGAAACAAAUAUUGGAUUGAUAGAUUAUCAAACAAGAAUCUGACUUUAAACGAUAUUAAUGAAUUUGUUGAAUGGUUUCUCAAGAAAUCGAAGAAUGGAGAUUUGUCUCAAGACGAUAUAGCGGAUAAAGCAACAUUUGCGGCGUACAGAGUGGCAAAGGUAGCUGUGAGUGCUCUGACGAUGCUGCAGCAGAGGGAGCUAGAGGGAAGAAACAUAUGUGUAAACUCAAUGCACCCCGGGCUGGUGCGCACGGACAUGACCCUGGGCGCGGGGUUCUACAGCGCCGACGAAGCGGCGGAAACACCCCUGUACCUUGUACUCGAAGCACCCGCUACUUUGAAAGGCUCCUACGUCUGGUACGACAGAAAGGUCUUGGAUUGGUACGAUUAUAACGCUGAUUAUUAUUUUAAGACUGCAACAUUGCAAAAAUAAAUUUUAAUAUACUUAAUUUAUAAAUA